AUUCUUAGAUGUUGCAUUAUCGUCAAGCUCUAGCUAUUACUCUAUACUUGAGCGACCCCGUUGUGGCUAUUGGUAGCACUCGGCAAGCCCUAGAGCUGCCGGAGAUAGCAUCACCGAGAGGGAAUAGUACGGUUCCAACAACGACGACAAUGAUUCCGUCAACUACGACGGUAAUUCCGUCAACAACGUCUCCGCCUACAACGACAACGACUUCGUCCACAACGACAACGUCCAGCCCUUCUGGAGCUUCUGUUCGGUUCGGUACCUAUUCAUGGUCUCAGGAUUUCUGGAGGUCAGGUGACCCCAGUCUUACUGACUUUGGUGCUUCUGAUAUGGGCAAGUUGUGGAACACUGGCGAUGUGUAUGUGAAUAUCGCUGAUUAUACCAACUAUGACCGUAUUCAUAACCCGGAGAGGCUCCUUCCGUGGAUGAAGGGAUGGAGGAAGCAAACUGGAAAUACUGAGAGGAUUUGGUUAACUUACGGUGACGCGAGCACAGCGAACAGCAAGCAUAUGCUCGAGUUCGUUGACACCUUUUAUGAAUUUGUACAAAAUUUCAUAUCGGCAGAAGACAUGCGACAAAUUGCUCCCAUCGGUUUGAGUUUCGAUGCCGAGCGCAUGCAGCCGCAAUAUAUCAAGAGAACGUUACUGAAGGCUCAGCAGAUGAAGAAGGAUGUCAGCAAGAGGAUGGGAUAUGCCCCUGGUUCUUUGCUUAUUGAUUUCUCUAUCGAGGGUGGGAAGAAUACUCUGGGUACUCAGUACAUUAUGCAGUAUGCCGACCAUGCUACGAUGAUGCUCUAUCGUAACGCUAUUGACGGUGACUAUGCAGAUGAUCUCGUUUAUCGUAUGAAUUAUAUGAUGACAGAACAGUGUGCUGUGUGUACUCAACCAGGAUGGGAGAACUUGAAGGCCAAGAUCACCAUCAUGUUGGAAGGUUCUUGCACUGUUGGUAAAUACUGCCACAAGCUUUCUAUGUGUGCUUACGAUGCCUCAGCUUAUCCCAACUCCACUGGUGGUAUUGAAUAUGCAUGGGAGUUGCUCAACGAGUUGAAGGCCC